GACGGCUCUCGGCUCGUCUGUAUCCAUCUGACGUUCGCCUCCCGGCCGCCACCAUCGCCCUUCCCCCCCCCUCCACGGCUCUCACCUCUGGGGCUCACUGCUGCUAUGCGCCGCAGGGUGCAGAGUGCGGGCCUCUCCUGCCGUCCACUCUUGGCUCCGCCGCCGCGCGCCCCGCCCCCGAGGUGACCGAGGCUUUCGCUCGCCUGCCGGGGCUGGACGUGGCUGCUGUUCCGACCGAGGCGCGAGACAUGGGGCGGCCGCAGGAGCCGCCCGUUGCCCGGGCGGUGGCGGUCCCGGGAGGACCUCGGUCUGCGCAGGCGCUGGCCGAUGCUGGGGUCCCCUCGAUGGUGCCGGCUGCGCCGAAAGUUGUGGUCUUCUGCUUGGACUGGAGCGCCUCCAUGAUGUCGCGGGAUACGAGAACUCCCCUGUCGCGCUUCGAGAUGUGCCAGCAGAGCGUACAAAGGAUCUUGAAUGACCAGGUGCGUGACUGCGACUUCGUGAGCGUUGUUGGCUUCGGGCCGAACGUGCAGACGGUGAUCCCGCCCACGGCCAAGGGAAGGGGCGCCCAAGCCAUCCACGCCCACGUCGCCAGCCUCCGGCCCCAGUCCUCGGGGGGCACGUGCUUCUACGACUCGGUGGUCACCUCCCUGCAGCUGCUCAAUCAGCCCGGCCUGGCCCCCGCGGAGGGCAUGCGCUGGCUCAUCUGCCUGACGGACGGUGACGAUCUUGGCAGCCAACGGGGCAACCAGAACGGGGAGAUGGUAAACCACAUCUUGAAUACGCGCCCCCCUGCCAACUUGAACAUGGUGAUGAUAACGGUUGGUCCACUGAAGGAGCAAAACCUGCGGAUAAUGGACUCAUGGGUGGAUGGAGUCACCAAGAAUGGCGGACAGGGCAUGCGCAUCUCCGAGAAGGACGCCGUCAAUAUCACCAAGGCUUUCGAUGUGGUGGCGGAGUGUUUAGCCGCGGAUGUGGGCGGCGCAAUUGAAUGUUAAGGUCAAGAGUCCUGCUUUUCGACUCGCGCCGAUGUGGCGUACUGGCGGUGACUUCGGCUGUGGUGACAGAGGGACCUGCCGCCAGAAUUGGGCCUGACUGCGCAGCAUGGUGCGUGAGUGUGUAAUUUGACUGGCCGCGUUGCCGCGCACCGGCCUGCGGAUGCAACGUAUGCGAUUUGAGGCUUGCGACGGCGUCUGCGAUAGCAAACAGACAUGUAAUCAAAUUCGGUUGCUCGAAAUUGGGCGACGCGAAGUCAGUAGUAGAUUUCGCGAGGUCCCCGCCGUCACAGUCCGUGCAGUUCAGCCGAUGCGAGUAGCCAGCUGAUGCUCUGAGGAGAGCUCCGCUCCGCCCAGUGAGGGAGUCCCCUCCUCCUUUUCCUGCCCCUCCUCCUCAAUGCGCGAUUGGGCCAAGCAGUUUGCCAUGAGCGACGUAUACCUCUGCGAGGCUGCUUGGCCAGGCGGUUGGCUCGUGUUUGGCGGGCUGGUUUGGCCCAGCGGCCGCCAUGUAGAACAAGUGGGGGGGGAG